GAGUUUCGCUGUAUUCAAAAAUUAUGCAUGAAUUGUUGAUCUUACAAUUUCUAUUUGUUUUCUGUAACUAGAUUUCGGUGGUAAUCAAGUAUUGUUCAAAAAUUAAUCCUGUAAAGUACACUAGGAUAGAAUGAUAGUGUGUUGUGUUCAAAUUCUUCUACUGAUGCAAACAUUAUGUGGGUUUUACGCAUCUAGCUCUCCUUACCGCAUUUAUGAUAUGAUUCCCCAAGGAAUUUGCAAGAUGCGCCGAAUUCCGUUAUUAGAUAAUCUACUCACGCAGUCGGAUCCGAUACAAUUAUCUAGUUCUGAGCGCGGUGCCAUCUUUCGACAAAGUUGGAACUCUUCGACUUUUAAAAGAUUUUCUGAUUGCAAAUUCUACCUGCAGGCACCAACACACAUGGGUCUGUAUUUAAGCAUCAGUAAAGUGCAACUUCGGAAAAAUAGCCGGGGAAACUGCAUUGACAACGUUGUGGUGAAAAAAAGCAGUGACAAAAAGUAUCAGUUUUGCGAUAUGCCGGAUGAUGGCGAAACGAAGGUUUUCUCCGAUGAUCGUGGAUGGAUGCGGGUAACAGUCAAUUUGGACACCACACUGGCACUGUCAACUUUGGAAGAUACGCUUGAGGUACAGUUCAUUGUAACGGUUAAACGAAAGUGCAAUGAGAUUGGUUACCUGCCGUGUGAAAAAGAUGAAGAUGAUUCGUGUAUUAGUAAAAGUUUUUUCGGUGAUGGCUUUGUUAAUUGUCCCGAAUGUGUUGAUGAGGAAGGUUGCUUCAAUGAUUCCGAACAGGUUCUGAUAUUGAACCCUUCGAAUGUUUUCUUGAGUGCAAUAAUUUCACUAUUUGCCACAAUGUUAGUCUUUGGAGCAUGUCUGUGGUGCGUUUACAGACACCGCCGCUGCAUUGCUACCUGCAAUAGCAACCAUAGCGCGGGAAUGGCUCACAGCAAUCGAGAAAAUCUAGAAUCUGUUCCUGCUUCGGAUCAGAUACAGGUUGAGCUGCAUACAUCGUCUGCGAAUUUUGUGCAACCUACGGCUCCUAUAGACGACGACAAGGAUCUUCCACCCGCUUACGAUUCACUGUUUCCAGUGGCUCCUGUGGGGCGAUAAAUAAUUUAAAACUAUAGAUAUAUAUGCGUUUUUAUCGAACGUUUGAGAAUAUGGAAUCACUCGAAACGACCGGCUCAAAGUUGACCAAAUCAGCGGUAUGAUAUUGUACAGAACCGUUAUGCUUCGAGCGGUAGUGACUCGAGGAAACUGAACUGAUUGUUAUUAUGUAAUUGUUUAUUAGAUAAGUACUCUGCUUGUUGGAAGAAAAAAACUUUUUCUCGCACCGUAUAGAUUUCAAGAUCUCGUAAAUAGGUCUUGUUUAGUUUUGCACAAAACAGUAACUAACUUAUAAGUAGAUAUAAUAAGAUCAACGUAGGGAUAUAAAAAAAUUCUAGUUAUUUAUUGAUAUACUUCCUCGAACGAAAACCAAUCACGAUAAACCAACAGCCACUUUUUACGAAAUUUUAUACUUAAAAUAUGCAAAGGAAAGUUUUCCGAAUCGAGAUAUUUGCGAGACGAGUCAAGAUUUAAUUGAAUCUAAAUGGUAGAAUUGGGGAGGCUGUAUAUACUGGUAAAAUGUAUGUUGAUUAAAUGCAUUUGUAUGAUA